CUCCUGUGCGUUUAUGGCGCAAGCUACUGCGCAUGCCUUGGGCUGCUCGCGUGAAGUAGGCUUGGCCUAAAUGUUUUCAUCCUGUUCGAAACCAAAAUUGCACUCACGCGCCCGCCGAUCUAAGGUAAAAUUCUGAGAGAAGUCUAAACUUCCAAUGUAUGUGACGUAACGAGCAUGAGCUGAACGCGUCUGGGUUUUCCAGCGACAAGGAAGAGCUUCCGUUCGCCUCGCAUGACACUUUAGGCCCGCUGACCCACAUUCGCGAGAGCGCUCGAGGAAGUGCGCGCAUGAAAUUCAGCAUAGCUUUUCUCGCUAUUGCACCGCUUCUUCAACCCAAUGAAUGACUGCACGGGACCGUGAUCUCGGAAUCAGAGGGGCUCAGAUCUGUCCAGGCGCCUGUGUGGAAGUGUGAGAGUGUUUUUUGGCUUUCACAUUGGCAGGUCCUCUUCACCAAUGUCUUCCCAAUGCAUCAGGUUUUUUAACCCCAGACUGAUCCGUGAGACGGCGUUAUCAUGAGCUCCAGGGAUGAUGGUAGUGUUUUUGAUGGGCUGAUGGAGGAAGAGGGGAAAGAUAAGGCGAAAAGAGUUUCGAGAAAUAAGUCCGAGAAGAAAAGGCGAGACCAGUUCAAUGUCCUCAUUAAAGAACUUGGCACCAUGUUGCCCGGAAACACACGCAAGAUGGACAAGACAACAAUAUUGCAGACAAGCAUAGACUACCUGCGCAAGCAAAAAGAAAGUGCUGCACAGUCUGACUCAAGUGAGAUCAAGCAGGAUUGGAAACCCCCGUUUCUUAGCAAUGAGGAGUUUACACAGCUGAUGCUAGAGGCGCUGGAUGGGUUCUUCAUAGUGAUGCUGACAGACGGCAACAUCAUUUACAUCUCAGAAAGCGUAACCUCCCUGCUUGAGCAUCUGCCUUCGGACCUGGUGGAUCAGAACCUUUUGAACUUUGUUCCGUUGGGGGAGCAUGAAGAAGUGUAUAAAGCGCUGUCGUCACACCCAGACAUUGAAAACCUCAACUCUGAUAACCUCAAAUCCAAGAGCCAGUUGGAGUUUUGUUGUCAUAUACUCAGAGGUUCUGUGGAUCCCAAGAAACCGCCUGUGUAUGAAUAUGUCAAGUUUAUUGGCAACUUUAAGUCACUCAUCAACAUGCCUCUUACAACCCGAAAUGGCCUUGAGGGAAUUUUGCAGCAAUCGUUGCAGCCAGCUUUUGAUGAUAAAGUCUGCUUUAUUGCGACUGUGAGGCUCGCCAAACCCCAAUUCAUCAAAGAGAUGUGCAUGGUGGAGGAGCCCAACGAAGAAUUCACGUCUCGACAUAGUCUGGAGUGGAAGUUCCUCUUAUUAGAUCACAGAGCACCUCCUAUCAUUGGCUAUAUGCCCUUUGAGGUGUUGGGAACAUCAGGCUAUGACUAUUAUCACGUAGACGACUUGCAUUUACUAGCCAAAUGCCAUGAGCAUUUAAUGCAGUUUGGAAAAGGGAAAUCUUGCUAUUAUCGCUUUUUAACUAAAGGGCAGCAGUGGAUUUGGCUCCAGACUACCUACUACAUCACCUAUCACCAGUGGAACUCGCGACCAGAGUUUAUCGUGUGCACGCACACCGUUGUGAGUUACGCCGAGGUGCGAGCAGAGCGGAGGAGAGUGAUGGGUAUAGAAGAAUCACCUCCUGAGCUGACUGGAGACAAGUGUCCGAUUUCUGGCUCUGAAGCGCAGUUAAACUCGUCCAGACUGAAGGAGGUUCUGGAGCGUUUCAGUAACAGUCGCUCACCCUCCACCUCCUCAAGGAGCUCCCACAAGUCCUCGCACACCGCCGUCUCUGACAACACCUGCACCUCAACUCCCUCUAAACUACAGAUGGAUGUGAGCACUCCUCCCCGGCCCGCCACUGUUGAUAUGACGUCCCAGCGUCGUUCCUCUGUCAGCACCCAGUCCGUGAGUUCUCAAAACACAAAUCUGACUGGAUCUCCGGUCCAAACCAGCCAACAACAACAACCACAGCCACAGCAGCAGGUUCAACCUAACACCCUGUUCUCUGCGCAGUUGAAUGCAAUGCAGCACCUGAAGGAUCAGCUGGAGCAGAGGACACGCAUGAUCGAAGCUAACAUUCAGAAACAGCAGGAGGAACUGAGGCAGAUUCAUGAGCAGCUCCAGAGGGUGCAGGGACAAGGCACUCAGAUGAUUCUGCAGCAAUCGGGUGGUGGACUCAGCGUACAGUUGCCGCAAGUUGGAGGAGCACAGACUAACAUUUUAGGGCUUGGAGCACAGACUGGGGUCGUAACUAUACAGGGCCAAAAUGUGACGAGUACAGCCCAGAGUGCAACUGUCCCACAGCAACAGCAGCAGAAUGUACAGGGCUCUUCUGUAACACAGCCUGGUCCUGUAUAUAAUACCAUGAUGAUCAGCCAGCCUGCCAAUGCCAAUGUUGUGCAGAUACCAAGCAGUCUGGCACCAAAAAUCAAUCAGGGCAAUGCAAUAAACAGUUUUCCUGCCGGGCAGCAGUUGGUCACUAAGAUUGUGACGGCUCCGAUGGCGUGUGGUACUGUCAUGGUACCCACAACAAUGUUUAUGGGUCAGGUGGUGACAGCUUACAGCCCGUUUCCACAGCAACAAGGCCAGACACAGACCAUAGCACUGCAGACUCAGUCCACAGCGCCUGCAGAACAACAGGCUCAAGCUGCCGCAUUACAAACUAGUCAACAGCAGGGGGCGAUGCAGCAGCAACCAUUUCUACAGAGCGCACGGCUUCUCCGUGGCAACCAGUCCACACAACUGAUCCUGCAGGCUUUCCCUAUUCAGCAGCAAGGUUCAUUUCCUCCAUCACAACAACAACAGCCGCAACUAAAACCACUGACUCAAAAACAGCAGAAAACAACCCCCUCUCUUCAGACGGACAGCGCUAGUGCCCAGUCUCAGUAACAUGGAUGAACACAACAGCCAAUAGACGGAGGAGCCAUCUAACAUAUUCGCUUCUAGGAUUUUAUUGGUGCUGUAUAUAAUUUGAAAACGGCUCUUUCUGGCAGCAUUCCUGGAAGCUUUUAUGACAAGGAACUCGCUCAACAUGGCAGCUGCGUGGAACACAACACCACCAGAUGGACGCUGUGGCAACCGUACGGAGCCUUUCACCGAACCAACAGGUGGUUGCCAAACUCAUUAUUUAUUUCAACAACAGAGAGCAUAGGAUUGCUAGCCUUUGCAUGGUCUUCGCCAAACAGAAAACCCUGUUCUCAGUCUUUCACUGAAAACAGUCCAAAGAACUGUGUUGAUCUGUACAGUCUCGUGUACUAUACAGUGUAGAAACACAACCGUAAAGCAACAAAGCAAGAUACUGAAUAUUUUAUAUGCUGCAUGAAAAGUGUAAACUUUAAUUUGUUAUUCCGGUUUUAUGAUUUACAUUUUUUAAGUAUUAUUUUAAUUUUAAGAUUUGUAUAUUGUGCAUAUAGUGAUGCUUUCCAUGUUUAACCCUUACCUGACAAUGGUUUCUUCACGUAUAGUUAGUGUGCUGCAUGUAUAGACAGUUUGUUCUGGAGGUUUUUCUGAGGCACUAGUUUUUUGGGAAAUUAUUAUACCCCUUGUCUCUGACGUACAAAAAAAAAAAAUGCCCUCUUUAAGUUUAUUUCUAAUUAUCGCAGACAUUUGAUGGCGAAGAAUCAAAUUUGACAGUUUUUGAACAAAUUAGCUCAAUUUUGGCACUUAAAACUAUCUACUUUCAAAUUUUGUUGAAUGUUAAUUUGCUUUUUAGUCAUAGUAGUCCACUAAAAAGUUUUUGUGCACCUUUCCCCUUACUUUUAGCACUUAUGUGUUCAUACACACUAAAAUAGUCCAUCCUUCUUAUAAUAAGGAUCUUUUAAGUUUGUGUGUGCGUGGACGGUACGUGUAUUUCUCAAACGAGAAUGACACACCUUGAAUAAGCUUUCAAAUCCUCAUUCAUAAAUGCUUUUUUCUCCCUCACAAUUUUGGGAGCUAUGCAAGAAGCCACAUCCAGGGCACAGCAUUUCUAUAGGUGUGACUGUGAGGACGGUCUGGAGUACUGUGGAUCUUUUAAAUCCCAUUUUCAAGAAAAGAAUGAUUAUAUCGUCCUCUUCCUAGUUUGAUUUCCAAAGUUGUAAUUCAAACCGAAGAAGGGUUAUUGUGCAGCUGUAGAGUCUUAAAGUUAAGAGUGAUCUUCCUUUUAAGUGUGUGUGUGUGUGAGAGAGAGAGGUAGAGAGAGAAAAUUUAAAGUGCAAGUUAUUAUGUCAAUAAUAGUUUGUGACUCUUCCAGUAUCGCUGUGUAGGUUGUUACUGAGUGUAUUAACCGCAGCGAUGGCCAAUCAGUUCUUGCGAUGCAGUAUCUAAGCAUUCUAGAUGUUUCCCCAUUGGCUUGUUAGCUGUAUACCUCAGAAAUGGUUUUAUAUAUGAAGUAUUCAAAUCAAUUUUAUUUUCAUACGGCAAAAGACUUCCUUGUUAAACAGUAUUGCUGUGUAUAGACCGGUAACACUGUAAAAAAGACGAGUUAGAGAUAAAAGGUAUAUGGAAACUGAAAAGAUUUUGAUAUUGUUGACUUUUGGAAUUCCAAAAGUUGAGAUUCCCAUAAAGUAGAUGCCCACCAUUCCCUUAUCUGUCCAAUUCUCUUUCAUAGUGUUGUGUUGUGCGUUUCAUAAGAUUUUACUGUGCACUGAAACCCUCAAUUGUGUUGUUGUUACUGAACCAAUGUUUGCCAUAAUGUGUACAAUCAAAAAUUACUUACAUUUCCUCCCCAAAAAAAGCUACUGACAGGUUGAAGAGAGAACUGAACUGAUUAGGACCCUGAACAUUUUAACCUUCUGUAUCCAAUUUUUUUUUUUUUUGCUGUAUAAAAAUAUAAAAUGCACUUUCAGAAUAUGAUGGUUACUUGGUUGUGGCCCCAGACAUUUAAUUAGUGUUUGGCCUGAUGAAAAUCAGUGAGUGAAUAAUGAUAAAAUAAUGAAUCAUCAAAGAAUUAAAAUAAACAAGUCUUAAGGUGUUGAACCAUAAAA